ACCAACACAACCUCGAUCGGGGCUUUGUUGCCUGCCACCACAAACCUCUUUUUUCUUGCAUCCUCCGCCCGUCGAAUCUCCCAUACCGACCUCUCUCUUUUUCUUCUCCACGGCCGGCCACCCAGCAUGCCGCACAUACCUGGAGUUACCUCCAAACACCGCCGGACUUCGCUCACAAGCAGUCGCGGAUCCUCCAUAGACGAGUCACGGCGGCAUGAUGGCGGCGACGAUGUUACCAAGGAAGACGAGACGGUCAUUGACUCGGAGCAGGGCAACAUGCUCACACACAUCAUAUCACAGCUGCGACCAGGCGCCGACUUGAGCCGAGUGACGCUGCCCACCUUUAUCCUCGAACCGCGAUCGAUGCUGGAGCGCAUAACAAACUUCAUGGCACACCCCGAGACCCUUCUUCCUAUUCCCAAGGUGGAAGACCCUGUGCAGCGAUUCGUAGCCGUGACAAAGUUCUAUCUCAGUGGAUGGCACAUCAAGCCCCCUGGAGUCAAGAAGCCGCUCAACCCCAUACUCGGCGAGAUCUUUACCGGUUACUGGGACUACUCCGACGGUACCAGGGGAUACUACAUCGCCGAGCAGACGUCGCACCACCCGCCCAAGUCGAGUUAUUUUUUCAUGGCGCCAGAACACCACAUUCGCAUAGACGGUACUCUUAAACCUAGGAGCAAGUUUUUGGGUAACUCUGCGGCUAGCAUGAUGGAAGGCAUUGCCAUUUUGCGACUGUUGAACACGGGCGAACGAUUCUUUGUCACACAGCCCAACAUGUAUGCGCGCGGCAUUCUCUUCGGAACAAUGAAGUACGAGCUCGGCGACCACGCCUACAUUCGCUGCCCUGAGACCGGACUUAAUGCCGACCUCGAGUUCAAGACCAAGGGCUACUUUAGCGGAACGUACAAUGCCAUUGGUGGCUACAUCAAAGACGCAAACGGCAAGAACUUGUAUGAGCUGUCAGGCCAGUGGAAUGAGGAAAUGUACAUCAAAGAUCUGACGACUGGCAAAAAAGAGCUACUGUUUGAUGCCGCACACACCAGGCACACACCACCCUCAGCACGGCCCUUGGAGGAGCAAGACGAGCGAGAGUCGCAGAGACUGUGGCAUGAAGUGACAGAAGCUGUCAAGCGGAGGGACCAGGACGUAGCGACUGACGAAAAGGCCAAGAUCGAAGACAGACAACGCCAAGAAGCCGCGAAACGUAACAGCGAAGGCGUCGAUUGGCAUCCACAACUCUUCAGACGGGUAAAGGGCGGCCACGGCGGGAGUGAAGAAGGCGAGGAAGACCUUGACUGGAUCAUCAACGCCAAUAUUGACGGAAAGACACCCGAAGAAGUCGUCAAGCAGAUUUUGCAAAUCCACGCUAUACUUCCCGGGCAAAGGCCUGACCGAAGAUUCAGCAUCCCUUCACGCGCAUCCGAAGCUCAUCACGCGCACGCGCAAGAAUCUACCCCUUCUCUCGAACAAGUACCAACUGAACAGUCUGCGAUACCUUCGGAGCCAACGACUGUACAGUCGCAGCCAGCAGUUGUGCCACAGCAACAGCAGAGCGUAGGUCUUCCCAACAACUUCGACGGAACAUCGACUCAUACCCCGCUCUCCACACACAGUAGCCACCCCACCGAUUCAAGUAACCCGCCAACGCUAUCUUCCGAAAGUUCAAAGUCACAACCAGAGACCAUCUCAUCACAAAGGCAAGAAAAGUUUGCAGAAGAACUGCCCCCUAGCAAGCUACUUCAUUCCAACCCUGCGCCAGAACCCCGGAAGGAUGAUCUUCUACGGAGAAAAGAUAGCGAAACACAGGAGGAUGAUGAGUUUCAUGAUGCGCAAUCGUGAGUAUUCUCCAAGAGGCCAAUCAUCGUCCUCGAUUGCAUUUUCUGCUGUUUUUCGUUUGAGGGUUUGUUCUUUUGCAAUGAUCCCCAAAGGCUCAUCCAUCCUAGUCAUAGAAGUGUCGAAGAAACCACAUCGAAACCCAAGAAGCGCUGUUGCGCAGGAUUCCUUUCGUCCUGCACUCCUUCGUGAAUAAUUUCUGAUCCGUUUUCAUAUGCUGUGUGGUUUUUCCUCUACCUCAUUUGCGACAAUAUACGUUCGACGUUCCAAUAACGACAACCCUUGCCCGCGCCAAACAAAAUGGGUGUUCGUCGACGAAGCGUUAGAGCCGUUCCCCGGGAGCGUGAGCAUAUGCACUGGUGGUAUGUUCCGUAGUAUGUAUAGUGUUUCUUUUUAAUAGCACAUGCCUUCUCUCUUACGUCAUAAAUCGUGCAGUUUAGUGGUCAUAUAGUGUAGAAUGGGGUAGUAGGUGGUUAGGAUCUGAGAAUGCUAGAA